GUGUAGUGCAGAUCUGCCUCAAGUAUUUAAGGUUCGGCGAGGGCCACUAGCGUGAGCUUAACUGUGCACUCCAGUAAGUGCCUGCAGAAGGAUUCACCUCCCCCUGCGAAAGGCUUAUGGAAGAUACAUUAAUCCCGGCCCGUCUAUACUCCUUGCUUACCGCGUCGAGGCGACAUAGGCUCUGGAUGACAAUAUCAUCCAACCUGAAGCGAUGCUAAGGAGGGCUGAACGGAGUCCGUCGCUAGCAACCUGGGAACCUCGGGAUUUCAGCCUCACCUGGUCUGCAACCAUGACGUCCCCCGAUCCACCAGUAGCCGAGUGGGCCAAAAGCAACUUAUAAAUACUUAUGAAUCAACAACGUCGUGCUGUAGACAAAGUGGAAACGGAGCCUUCCACCGGAACAUCGCUUGCUUCACCUUGCCCAAACCCGCAUCUCGUUCGCCACCAUGUCUCAGUGGGAUGAAGACCCGACCAAGCGUGCCUUCCAGGACGGCAGCCGCUACCACCUCCCAAAAGAUCAGCCGGAACACGAGCGGCUGGAUACCCAGUCGGCGAGUCUGGCGGCCAUCAUGAACAACCGGCCGCUCCACGCCGCGCCUUCGAACCCCAAGAGGAUUCUAGACAUCGGCUGCGGCACCGGAGCAAUCACCGCCCUGCUCGCGACCACAUAUCCCAACGCGCACGUGAUUGGCGUGGAUCUCGCUCCCGUGCCUGAGUCGCGGCACGGCAAACACCCCAACCUCGAAUACGUCCAGGCCAACGUCGUCGACCUCAUCGGCCAGGACCCUCGCUUCGAACCGGAGUCCUUCGACUACAUCUUCGAGCGCCUGCUAGUCAUGGGCGUGAGCGAUUGGCCAGGGCACGUCUCCUCCGUCUCCCGCCUCUUGAAGCCCGGCGGCUACCUGGAGCUGCACGAGAUCGACAUGGACCUCCUCGCGCCGGAUGAGAAGCCGUUGAAGAUGGAAUGGUACGACGCCUUCUUGCAAGACACCCGAGCGAGCAGCCUCGACAUGCAAAUCGGGCGCAAGCUGCCCGCUCUCCUGCGCUCCGCGCCGUUCGAGAAUGUGCAGGACUUUCAGUACCCGUUCCCGCCCAAGCCGGUGGAGGGCCAGCCGCAGUUUGACGGCAUGGCGGGGCAACUGUCUGCCAUGUUCCCUCUGAUGAUCACCAAAGUGUGUGGGGCGCAGCGGGGCGCGGAGAAAGCGCAGGAAGUGGUGGCCGAUUUCCGUCGGACGUAUGAUCCAGGUUUUGAACCGGGCACGCAUUGGAUUAUGUGGGUUAUCGUGGGCCAGAAGAAGUGAGCGAAUGCUGCACGCGGGGAAGGGCCCUUGCUAGAUUGUGACACACGAAUAGACGAAUAG